AUGGACCCGCAGCUCCUUGUCCACCUGUUCGACACCUUCGGUGCUGACGGGCAGAACGGCCAGCUGCCAUGGGGCAUCUCCGCGAGUGACAGUAUCGCCUUGGAGGCCCAAGGCGACGGCAUCCGGUUUGAGUCGAACGGACGUGAAUGGCGGGUGCUGCAGGUGGGCACGGCCGAAGACGAGAUGAGCCUGCCGCCGUAUCGCGGCGAUACUCAGCUGCGCGACGCCGCGCGGGUGCUGCCGCCGGUUUGCUUUGCUCCGCUUGUGUCGAAGUACACGCGGCUGCUGCGUGAUCCGCGGUGGGAGGUGCGCCACGUGCCGCGCAUGAUGGAGGCGAUGCUGAACGAUCGCGUGCUGUUCCACCUCAUGGAUACCAGCCCGCUGUCGCCGCUGAGUGACUCGCGCGUGAGCGCCAUGACGCGGUGGUGGGGUGUCAUGGGCAAGCCUGUGCUGCGGUACGAGAACAGCACGGGUAGGCCGCUCAUGUCCCUUAUCGACGGCUACGGCAGCCCUCCAUCAGCUUCCUCGGAUGCGGCGGAGGGCCGGCAGGGUGCGGGGAAGGAGGCACGUCGGCAUCCGGCCGCCGGCAGCCUCGAUGAGCACCGCUCGUCUGCGCGAGAGGGGCAGAGCGGCGACGCCACUGAUUGUGCUGCCGCGGCAACGGCCACCAGCUCUCGGAUGUCCCUUGAGGAGGUGCGCCAAGGCUACCGCGAUAUCAAGACAGUGCUCACUCUCAUCGCGGCGACGAGUGCGCCCUACAGGUGCUCGCGACCGCCGAACGCGUCCGUGUCGGGGUGCACGGCACGCCUCGUAUUCUGCAAGGACCCGUCCACCAUCUACCUCGGGCUCCUGCUGAACUCCGCACUGCGCGGACUGCCAAGGAAGGUGCUCUGCAGCAUGUCCGUCUUUCGGUUGAUCGCUGAGGGGUGGGGCAGCUCGCCGAGCUUUGCUGAUAUCCUGCGCGCCUCCUGGGAGGAAUACAGCGACAUCCUGCGCGAUAUUCGCGCGCUGCUCGGCCUUCCGGAUCCCACGACGGAGACCCCAUCGCCCCCCUCUCCGGCGGCGUCUCCGUCAUCUUUCUCCUGCAUGUCGGCCAGCACUGGCGCGUCCGCCGCAGCGCCGUCGCGGCAACAGCCGCAGUACCACCAGAGGGGUCGUCGUCGCCAGCUCCCGCCCAUGCACCUUCCGAGCCAGCAGAGCGACAGUGGCGAGCUGGGCCGACAUCCGCAGUUGCAGCACCUUGGCCAGAGCACCUCUGGAGCGUCUUCGUCCGGCGCAAGUGCCGGGCCGUCCACUGGUGUCCCGUCCUCCGCCGCGAUGGUGCCACACACGUCGCUGCGGCAGACGCGCACCACCGCUGGCGGCCGCAUGCAGGCUGUCGAGCUGGGCAUACCGAUACAAAACACGGACGGCGGCGGCGGCGCGCGUGGUGUGAACGAGGAGGCGCGGCAGAGCACCGGCAACAACACGGGCGACGUCAACGACUUCGUGACGGCGUUGCUGGGCAACGCUCUCCACUCUCUGAACGGCCUCCAACUGCGCAGAAACACGGCGAACGGCGUCGGCGCCGCGCGAGGUAUGACGGGGGCCGCUGGUGCCAGCAGCGGCAGUGGUGAAGCCGACGCCCCGCUGGGCAGCAACGCCGGCGUUAACGACGGCGAGCACAGCAGUGCGCCUUUCAAGACAGAGGACGCCAACGCGAUUUGCCACGAGAGCAUGCUGGAGUGUGCGCAGAUACCGGAGUUGCUGCUCUGGUGGGCGCGGUGCCGACUGCUAGCGUAUCAGCUGCUGGACAACCCGUCUCGUGUGAGCGUCGAAUCAACCGGCGCCCUGGAGUACUUCCGCGAGGUGUGGGCGUGUACGCCGCUGAUCCGGGAAAUCUUGGAAGAUGACCAAGAGGCGCUUCUAGUCACCCCCUUCAGCUCGCCGCGGCUGUCGGUCGACGAGCAAGCGUCGGAGGAGAUGGAGGCGGAGCGCGCGUCGAAGAAGGCGCGGCUUGAGGCGCUGCAGGGGCGGGCUCGGCGCAUGUACGCCGCGCUGGUCGGUGCUGUUGCCGAUCUUUCAAAGUUCUGGUUUUCAAUCCGCGUGGCACAGUCCAUCGUGAACGCGGUUGCGUCGAGUGCACCGGAGACGAACACGGUGUGGAGCAUAAUUAACGCCACGGUGCCGUCGCGGCGCCGCUUCCAGCGCGAGGAGUUCUCGACGUACGCCGAGUACUGGCAGUACGCGCUGCUGGUCGACGACUAUGUGACGCAGCCAAUGUGCUUUCGGGUGUCGACGCGAGGGCGGACGAUGGUGACGCAGCUGCUGCACAUCCUCUCGGAGUACCCUACGUUCUACCCCGCUCUUGUGGCGCGCACGUUGGCCAUGCUGAACCGACGCGAGAUGAUUGUCGCGGAGCUCAACGAGCGCCUCGUCAACGCUGUGGCGCGAUGCCUCCGCUUCUAUUUACCGCCAAUGCCGCCGGCGCUGGCAGUGCCGCCGGUGCAGGCUGCAUCGACGAGCGUCUCCGCUGGGAACGCCACUGUAGCCGGCACAGCAGAGACGCCUGUGGCGCCUCGAGUCUCAUCGGCUGCCGUCGCGGACGUGACAAACACCAGCACUGACGGGACCGCCGCUGCAACCCCCGUCACGGUGGCGCGAGCGCCCCGACCUGGCGCAGGUGCUUCACAACGCUCGUGGUCCUCACCGGAAGACUCCUCAUCCCACUCAUCGUCGUUCAGCAGCGAGCACGCAGAGGAGGAAGCGGACGGAGACGUGGGUAGUGGCGGCGGAGGCGGUGGUGCCGCUGCUCAAGCGACCGCUGCGCCUUCCACUAGCGGCGGUGACGGUGACGCAUCGACGCGUGGCGGCAUCGACUACGAGGCCUUGGUUGUCAUGAGGGCCACGGAUGGACCAGACGGCGACGGUGACGGUGAUUGCGGGCGGGACAUGCACAACGGAAAGGACUCGACGGACGCCUCGUCGCGGCGGCGGAUGAGGGAGGAAAUGGCGAAGAUGCCCGUGAUCACGGUGAAGGCGUACGACGCCAUUCUCACGUGCCUCGACGUGCUGCGCAUGCUUGUCCGCAACGGGCACAUCUCUGUGAACCCGAUGAACCUGCUGUUCACGGUGCCCAGUGCCACCAGCGCCUCAGCGGUGGCGUCUGCGUCACCGCCAGCUUCCGUGGACCAGCAGGCCGGCGGUCACGCGCGCACUGGAGGCGCCGUGGGCUCGGAUACGGCAGCCUACUCCCCUGCCGAUACGAGCGCGGCAAACACCAGCGCCGGGCCGCUGUACGAGGCGUCGUUGCCCAAAUCCCAGUGCGACCUCUACACCCUCCUGCACCAGCUCGUCUACCAGACUCGCUACGGCCCCCUCGCCAGCGCCGCUCUGCGUCUUUUCUCUGCCUGCGUGCACUACAAUGUGCGCGAUAUGGUGCCUUUGUUUGCCGAGCGCGGGCUGCUGAACACGGCGCUGGCGAUCGCGCGUCGGCCUCGCCUCUUUUCAGAAGAUGUAGCGACAGCUGCUGCGCCGCUGCGGUUUGCACUCGACACGGUGGAGGAGAACGGCAUGCCGAACAUUGCGCGGCGCGAACUCCCGCCGGCACACUCGACAUCGCCGUCGUCGUCGUCGUCAGGGCCGUCUCCGCUGGUUAUCGCACACCCGCCGCCGGAGCUGGUGGUGCGCUACGUCCCCGCCGAAGACGCCUACUUGAACGCCGUGGCGGUUCGCAUGGUACUUCCAGAGUUUGUGGAGGCCAUGACGGUGCACAAGGCAACCCACCGUGUCUUCUCGAAGCACACGGAGUGGAUCACGGCCCUCACGCAGAGUCUGACCGUGACGCCCGCAAUGUCAGCCGCCUCACUGCUCGAUAUCGAGGCCCUGCUCGACGAAUCCGCGGAGGUGUGCAGCGAACACGAAGCAGAUGACAUCGAUAGGAGCGAAGAUGUUGCCAUCGGCGAGGACGAGGGAGGGUGUCAGGUGCCCUGCGACGCCCCUCCGUCGCCGUCCGAGUCACCGGCAUCGGCGGCACACUAUGUCGACCCUGUGCAGCAGCAGCAGCAAGGGGACUACCAUUCCGCGCAGCAGGAUCGUCAACGGUGGCUACUUUGCUGUCGAAGCAGCGCCGCCUACGCACGGCUGCUCCAGGACUUGACGGCAGCUCGGAGGCGACCUUUGGGAGCAUUUCCGGUGCCUGCAGCGCGCUCUAGCACCAGCAGCGCCGACAGCGUGGUCUCCCACGCGCGCCACAAUGAGCGGCGGCCGCCGCCACAGUGCAUCGGCGGCGCUUCGCACUCGGCUGACACGAGCGCCCCGAUCGACGUUGUCCUCACACGGAUGGUCGAGCUGCAUCGCCUGCACCUCAAGCGCGAGGAGGUGAGCUACAAAACCUUGCAGGGUGCCGUGAAGGAGGUGCAGCGGGUGCUGACGGAGGUGCUGCAGCCGUCGCCACUCAUCACCAGCCGCUUUGCCCCGGCGCUGCGAGCGGAGCUUUCUUUGCUAAGUCAGCGGACGCAUGAGUUUGCGCAGGCGGUGCGUGCCGGGGCAACCCACCCGCACCCAUUUUUGGGGAGCACCGCGGACAGCGAUGAGGUGACCGUGGCCGGCCAGUCUGUUGUGGCCGGUUCAACGAGUGGCAGCGGCGUGGGCCCGCGCACCCGUGCGGACUACCUCCACCUCCUCGUCCAGGGCAUCGAGGUAUGCCGCACGCUGAACAACUUCUUCGCCUUCUUCUCUGCAUUGGACUGGGACGGUCACCAACGCCGCUACCGGUUGAGCCGCCGCAGUGCGGAGCAGCAGGCCAGUCAGCAGGAGCUGGCGAUGGUGCUGGAGUCCACCGUGCGCGAUUUUCACAUGGCAGUGAACCAACUGUGGUCGUUGAUGGGAUCGCACGCGCCGCUGCAGCUGUGCGACACGGACGCCGCUGAGGACAAGGAGAUGCCAGCAGCGCAGGACGAACGCGGCGCCACCAAUCGACGUGGUCAUAGCCUGCGUACCCGCGCCCGUCUAGGGAACCCGCUGCAGGUGUACGAGCAGGGCAACGCCGACGGGGCCAGCUCGCUGCUGAGCUACGUCCAGGCCACCAUUGGUCCCUACCUCCACGCCCGCAUCUUCGGCGACUACCUCCGCAGCGCCCCACCGUCAACGCGGAUGGAGGCAACACUCAAGUCGACGGUGCAGUGCAUCUUGCACGUCUCUUCGCGCGACUUCAUUGGCGCACCGGAGGUGGUGAUGGCCCGUGACAGCGGCACCGACGGCAGUGGUGGUGGUGAGGCCCUGGCUGACGCGGAUGGCGCCAUGUCGAAGACGAUGCGGCGCCGCUGUUUGAAAGCCAUGAAGCGCGUGCUGGAAGGCCAGGGCUCGGAGGCGCAGCGGCACAGCUCGAACGACUUGAUGCAGCAGCCUCGAAGCGGAGCGGGGGAGACUGCGGAGGAGGGCAGAGGUGACGACGCGGAUGUCCGCGACGGUGCUCAACACAGCCCUGACGAGGCUGCUGCAGUGGAGAGAGUGUACUACCACACCUCGGAGUCGCCUUGCAAGGAUGUCAUCUCCUCCGUGCUGCGGCCGCUGGGCGUCGGCGAUGGGGUCUUCCUGCGCCAGCUGCUGGAGGCAUGGCGUGUGUCGACGUCAGGUUCGAGCGGGAGCGGCGGAGGUAGCAACGGCCCCGGACGCCGCGACAGCGAAGCAACGCCGUGGCGGAGUGUCUUCAGCGAGGUCAUGGAGUUCGCCGUGGACGCGCUCGUGGUGCGUGCCCCGUACACGGCGGACGAUGUAGCGGGGCUUCUGCGCAGCUUGCAGGCUGGCACCCAGCACAGCAGCGUUUCCGCGGGCAUCCUGUCUCUCUACGAUCGAAACGCAGAGGCGGGCGCCACCGUCGCGCCUGUGACUCCCGCGGCGCUGCCGGCGGCGGUGAGGGGUCGCAGCGGCAGCGAGGAGGAGAUCGCCGUCGUGGCUGGUAUGGACGCCAGCGACCAAAUUCUUCAGUCGAUGCUGCAGGACGGCCGCAGCUUGUUGAAUGAGCCGUCGACGGCGUGGAUGACGGCAGAGGCCUGGGUGCAGGCAACUACGUCGGCAGGAGGCGCAGCAGCGGCCGCCGCAGGAGAUGAGCCAUCGCUAGGCCUCAGCUCGGCUGCAGAGGUGCCACAACAAGCGGAUGCCAGACCGGUGGCGCCUGCGGAGGCAGCAGCUGCUGGUGGUGACGCUUCUGCAGAGGCGCUGUCGCACUCCGCCUUCUCUAUCGUUGUGCCAUCUGUGUUGGCCGGCCCCCACGCAAGAGGCGGUGGCAGACACGGUGGUCGUCGCAGAAGCCACGGCGGGAUAAGCCGCGGCGCCGACUCCGAAGACUCCGUCGACAGCGGCACAACACUGUCGUCUUCGCUGCCAACGUUGACGCCGCCGACGGCGCUCGCGACCGACGCCGUUGGUGAUGCGGCCGCUGCGGAAGGGCUGGCCGGGUCCGCUGACGGAGUUGGCAGCGGUGUUGGAGGUGGUGGUACUGCUGCUGCUUCUGCGGCUGCCGCGGAGCAGGCCGGUGCGGCGCCGCUCACAACGCCGCUCUUCGCCCCUAUCAACGCAGCAAAGGCUCUACAGCAGUGGCUGUUCCUCUCGCUCUUCACUGGCCGCCGCGCGGCGGAUCAGCCGACGCGCAACUUCUUCUACUUGUCUCCGUACCGACGCGACGGUCAUGCUCGGCCGGCACUGCCGCUGAACGUCACAGGGCUCCUGCGUACGAUUCGGAAUGACUUGCAGGCCGCCUUUGAGGACGCCGUGCGCGGCGCCAGCGCUGGCGCUGGCAGCCUGGGCCCCACUCCCGGCGACGGCGCCGAGGAUGAGCCCACGCGGCAGCUGCACGUGCCGCAAACGCAAGCGAAGCAGCGAAACGCUCACGACUCGGACGACGAGGAGGCAUCCAUCGUAGCAGACCUGCAGGGGCGCUUGCACAUGUUUCGGCCACAGCCGCGCCACGAGAACCGGGCAGGAGCCGCGGCAGGCAACGGCGGCGGCGGGCAUGCCGCAUUCUCCUCCGGACAUGUGCACACGGCGUGCGAGUGGUUUGAUCUGGACCCGCGCGAACUGGCCGUGGUGAACCUGCCGAGCCGCGUUAACGUGGAGGCGUGCCUAAACGAGGUCAACUUCGUGGCAGCCCGCCGCGUUCUGUGGGAGCUGGCGGUGCUGGGCGCGGUAUGCACGGGCGGCAGUGGGGCGGCGCCAGAGUUCGAGAGCACACCACUGCACGACAUGCUCUCCCGUGCAGCGCAGUUUAUGAUUCUCCUCUCACGCCUCGUCUUUUCCGGCGAUGCGGAGGCGGCGAAGCGCGCUUCCGCAGCAGCUGGUGGCGGGUCGUUCACUUCCGCGACGACUGCGGCACCCGCGCUCCUCUCACCGGCCGCGGCAGCACUGAAGGAUAAGCUGCAGCGGUGUCUUGUGUACAUGGCGGUGCUUCUCAUGAACUUCCUUGAGGGCUGCGACGCGCGGACGCGGGGGCGACACUGCACCCACGUCGAGUCGCUCCUCUACUGCGUCCUUGAUGUGUGGCCGAAACUGCCGGGGUUUCCGAUGGUGCCGCAUGUGUACGUGGCGGCAAUGGAGGCGGUGGCACAGCUCAAGCCGGAAACUCUAAGCCGCAUGUCCUUCCAGUCGCUGGCACGGGAGUGGCAGGACGGUGCUGCAAAGCCGGCGCCAGCGACCACGACUGCUGCGGCCACUGUCAGCACAGUCACGUCCCCCCGUCUGCCGUCACCCCAGCCGAGAGAGCGGGAGGGGACGGCGGCAGGCGACGACGACGACGAGGAGGAGGAAGGCGGGGACAGCGACGUGCAGCGCAGCAGCGCAGAAGAGGCACGCACAACCAUCACCGGCGACGGCAGUCGUCGCUUCAACCAAUCACCAUGGGCCCGCGCUGGUCUCCUGCACAACGGUCGCGCCGGGGCGCCGUCUCCCGGCUCGAGCCCCAUGCAGGAGCGCUUCGGUCAGUAUGUGACGCGUCUGCAGCAGUCACGGCGCUCGCAGCUCGGCGCACCGCUCUCUGCUGCGAACGAGUGGGGGCGCGCGCUGCCGUGGGUGUGCGAUGUCGCAGCGGGCCGUAUUUUUCCCUUGGACACGCUGAGCGAGACCGGGCAUCGACUCCUGCGCAAGCGCGCGUGCCGAGCACUGUGGGGCAUAUGGACGGGCACGAACGUGGCCGAGCAGCAGUACGUGCUGGCCUACAUGCUGCACCGUGUGCUCUCUAACGUGCGCGAGAAUGUUGUGUUGCUCGAGUACGUUGGCGUGCUGCUGACGCAACUGCGCGGCGUCGUUCUGGUGGAGGCCCUUGCGUUGACCCCGCUGCCACGUGCAAUCGUGAAAGUGGUACGUCAGGCCAUCGAGGAGGUGACCGCAGAGCAGCAUGAGGAGGAGGCGCGCCUGCAGACACUGAGCGGCGCCAGCGCUGGUGCAGCUGCGGCAGCGCAGCGCGAGUUCCGCCAGCGCCGCCGCCGCUCCUACGCCCGUACCCAGAUGACGCUGCACGGCCAACUUGUCAGCUUCCUGAGCGUCUUCCAGAACGUCCGCAGCGACGCUCCGUUGGUCGCCGAUCCGUUGUCCCGCACGGCCGCCAUGGCGCCGCACGUGCAGGGGAUGGGGGCGCAGUGCAGCUACUUUGACGCCACGCGCAACACGUUCUGCUGGAAUGGGCACCAGUGCCACCGCCAGCACGUCGUCCCGGUGAAUGGGCAGCGUGGACGGGACGGGGAGGAGCACCGCUUCGGCCUGAACACGUUCGGCUCGGGUACGCAGCAUGCACUGGACGAGGUACUCUCGGUGCUGGAGCACCACGGGUUCCCGUGCCCACUGGCAAUGCCCGCCACCGCCACUGCCGCACGGAGCGCGAGUAGCGCUGCGGAGGCGGCAUCGGAGGAGAACGCAGGGGAGGUGGCGGAGGCGGAGGGGCAUGCUGCUGUGCGGCCGCACGCCUCCUCAGCCGCCAGCGACCCGACACAGAGCACUGGGCGGCAGCCACAGGCGCACCAGCCAUCGCAACGAGUGGUGCGGUUGCCCUUGUCGGCGGGCACGGCCGACCCCAACACGGUGCGAAGCCGCCCCCAGAAUCCAUACGAGGUGGAGCGACGCACUUGGCAAGGCGACCGGGCACGGCGGGAGCGGCUCAGCACGAUAGGCGACGCGCCCGGCGCUGCCCACGGCAACAGGGGCGAUGAGGGCAGCAUCGGCAACCGAGAUGGCACGAGUGCAGACGUUGGCGAGCGCGCAUUGCCGUCACAAGCAGGUUUGGUCACGGCGGAUGCCACGGGACCGGAGAACUACCAGCGGGUGCUGCGAGGCGAGGGCUUGCCAUGGCUGCCCCUCUCCGCGCGGCCCGCGCCAUCGUCGUCGUCGCUGCAGCAGCUCCGUGGUGGCCUCAGCGGCCCGCGGGACUUGGACUACGGCGGGGACGACAUGGACGAGGAGACCCAGGGGGUGUUCACCCACCUCACCGGCGCCUUUGGCGGUAGCCGCCGCGAACGGUCACCGCUGCGGCACCGCCUUCUUAACCCGCUCACCAGCGCCGACUUCCGUGCCGAUCCGUUGCGUCGCUCCAUCAUUCCGCACUGCGCCAUGUUUGGCCGCGAUGUAUGCGAGGAGGUGGUGCGCAUGGCAUUCGAUUUUAUGGCCGCCCGACUGCGCGACGAGGCAGCCGACAAGGCAGACGCGGAGGCGGCGAAGAGGGAGCAGCAGCAGCAGCCGGGCAGCACCGGCUGCGUUUCUUUCUCUGCCCUCCCUGGCAACAUCCGCUCGCUGGACGGGCUGCUUUCGACCUCCCCGCAGUUUCCCUCGUCGCCGGUGGCCUCGCCUGUCUCCGCCGCCGCGCUGCCCUUCUCAGGAGUCCUGCCGGCUUCUGCUGCUGCCUCUGUUACCACAGCGAAGGCGGUGGCGGCGCGGCUCACUCUCCCGCGUGUGGAGGUGGUGGAGUGCGCCGUGGACGAGGUGAUGGUGCACUUCCUGCUGACAUGCUUCUCGACUUAUUACACCACGUGCAUGCACCUUGUGCGCACCCACCGCCCGGCGGGGUUACCCGCCCCACCAGCGGCCACAUACACAGCUGCUGCAAGGUCGACGGCGCCCGCAUCAAGUCGCGAUGCGUCGGCUGAUGUCACCAGCGGGUGCGUCGACUCACUCUCGGUGCUGUGUGCGUACAUCACCCACAUCGAUCCCCCGAAUCGCGAGAAGGCCAUGCUGCUGAGCGGGCUGCUGCUGACUGACAUGAUGCGCCUUGAGGAGGACGUGUGGCAGCACAUGGUGACGGUGCUGCGGACCACCGUGCAGGUGCACCGCAAGGGGCGGCGACUGACCGACAAGGCGUACGCCGCUCUGUCUGCCCAUCACCUGCGGCUGACGCGUGUGUCGGCGAACACGCCGGUGGAGCCGUCUUCUCCUUCGCGCGAGGAGGGCAGGGUGACUGCGGCGACAGCACGGAAGAGCUUUAGCCAUCGGAGACCCCGCAGUCAGGCACAUGUGUCUGUGCCGUCAGCGAACAGCGCGCGACAUCAAGCCCCAUCAUCGCAGCUUGCAGAGUCGACAGAGCAGGAGGAGUUGCACGCCGACGGUGGCGCUACAGGGGCGGCGAAUAACGACGACGCCGAGGCCGCCAUCACCGUGCACCGCUAUCUCAUACCCAUCAGCAUCUUCCUCGCCAACCUGGAGCCCUACAUCAUCCGCCACCCUAUCGCUUUCUACCACGCAUUCCGUCGCUACUGCGAGGUGCGGUGGGUGCGCGCGGCGGCGGGCGAGAUGCCGGCGGCGUGGCUGGGGGUGUGGGUGCGACCGCGGCCCCCAGCAGCAGGUGCUACUGCUGCCGGGGGUCGUGGCCACAGCCCUCGUGCGGUGCGUCGACCUCGCUGUGGUAUGGCGUCGACGCCGUCGCGUGACUUUGUGGAGCGGGUGCAGUGUUUUGUGCAGCACCUUGCCCGCAAUGUCGAUGCCGGCCAAGGGCGCGCCACGCAAGGCGCCAGCAUGCUUGCCGUCGUGGUGCAGCUUCCAGGCGUGUGCGAAGCGCUGCUCUCCCCUAGCUUUGAAGUACCAGUGCCGGCUAUGUACGCGGAGCUGCUCACGUCUACUGCUGGCGCGCGUGGCACUCCUGUCAGCUCCGCUGAGGCGUUAGCUGCUACGACCGCCGUCAGUGGAGAGGAAGAAGUCGGACCUGCCACAUCCAUGGCGAACGUUGACCGCUGCGCACCGGCAGUGUCGCGGUGGCCGCCUGUCAUCGCUGUGCCGCCCUUUCUCACCCUCGCGCUGUACUUCUGCUCCGCACUUGGGGAGGCGGGUCGGAGCAGCGGCGCCAGCGGUGUCGGGCCCCACAUCACCGGCAGUGUGGACUUUGCGACCGCCAUUUUCGCGCAUGACCCGAUUGCUGUAUCGGAGGUGGUUGUGCGCACGCUCGGCUGCCUCGUCACGGGGGUGGAGGUGGCGGAGGCCUCGUCUCAGGCCGUCUCGGGCUCUGGCAACGACAGCGCCGUCGGCAGUGAUCGGGACGCAAACGAAGAGGCGGUGGCCGCAUCUACGCGUGACGGCCUCGCAGCAGCAGCCCAGCAGCAGCAAGUCGAGGCGGAGGAGAGAGUGCGCUGCACGAGGAAGACACUCAUCCGUUGCCUGCACGAUGUGCUGUGCUUCUUGGAGCGUGGCAGCCCGCAGCCGGCGACGGCGGCUCUGCCAGCCCGUCAGCGAGCCACUCAGCAGCGGAUGGGCGUCAGCAGUGCUGUGCAGGAGUCCUUCCUACGCUUCUUCGACCACCUUGGCCGCCUUGGUCUUCUUGAUCUGCUGUUUCGCGUGUGCUUGCUGCAGUCGUGCGAGCACGGCCGCGAUGCAACGUCGCUGCUGCAGCUGCUCGCGCAUCAGCUGCUCGCCUUGGGCGAGUUCAAACUGGCGGAGAUGCUGUCACCGUCUCAGAAGCGGUACGCGGCGCAUCUGCAGGACAUGCAGCAGCAGCAGCAGCAACAUCGGCUGCCGCGUGGAUUGUCGAGGACGAGCUUGUGGAUGGGCCAGGGUGACGUCCCUGCCUCCUUGCGCCGCCCAUACCCUGGCCUACAUGGGCCGGAGCUUGCGAACACGCUGGACUGGCCGCCGUCCCAGCUGCGUGACUCGGCCGCGCCACCCGGCCUGCGUCAUGCCUUCGACCACCUGGAGGCACUGCUCGCUCGUGACACGAUUCGCAGCAGCGGCGAUGGCGCCGUGCAAGUAGGCGACAACGUGCUCGAGAUCACCUCGAGCUUUGCAGGUGAGCACGGCGUUGGCGCCGAGGCGGCGGACGCGAAUGCGCUGCACGCCUUUCUCACUUUUGAGGAAGAGCAGGAGGAGGGCGACGUGGAGGGCAACGGCAACGAGAGUGGCGACGACGACGGUGACGACGGCGCCAAUAGCGGCAGCGGAUUCGGUGAGCGUGCGGGACAUGACGGAGCAGCGCCGCGGCCCGCGGCGCCGAAUGGUGUCGAAGGCACCGACACAUGGCCUCUCAUGCACCCGGUGAGGCGCACUGGUGGGAUGCGGUCUGUUCCGAACGACGACGGCGGCAACGAGGAGGAGCUGAAUGUGAGCGCGCAGGGUAGCGUGCAGCAGCGGCGCUCUCCACCGCAAUUGCUGUCGUCGCCGCCUGCUUUGGUCGGCGCGGCUGUCCCGCAGCAGACAUCUUUGGUGCCGGGGCACGACGAUGCCGUCCGCGGCGGCCGCAGCGACGAGGAAGACAACCGUCAUCGCCGCUCGGUGGCGCUGGCGGCAUACGAGGAAGCAGUCAUACGCUCACUGCGCGCCGAGGAGGCGAUGAGGCGUCACCGGCGACGCCGGCACGACGACGACGACGACGGCGGCGCUGAGGAGGCGGUUGAAGACGACGACGACGCGGAGGAGGACUACUUGAGCCCCGACGAGGAGGGUGACGAGGAAGACGACAGCGCCCUCUUUGCCGAUGACAUGGUCGACGACGGUGCCGACAUGGACGGGGACGGCGAUGUGGAGAACCUGUUCCGCAGUCAGCCGGAAAUGCCCGGCUUCUUCGUGCCGUCCCCGCUGAGCUCCGCGCGGGCCGCCGCGGGUGGCGGUCGACACAGCGGGGAAGGUGAUGGCGACGACGACGACGACGAUGACAGCCACACCGAGGAGGAGCACGCAGGCGGCGACGGCGACAACGGCGAGGACGACGGCAGCACCCCAGACGACGACGAGGAUGAAGAGGAGGAGACGUACGAGGAAGAGGAUGACGAAGACGACGACGCGUCCUUGUACGACGACGGCGCGGGGCACUUGCUGUCGGGGCGGGACCACCUCGAGGAUGCGCUGCUUGACAUGUAUUCGCCGGCGAUGGCUACCGGCGGCGGCGACUCCGGGGCCUUGCGCCAUGGGCUGGCACAGCAGACGCCUGGCAGCCUCACAUACCUCAACGACGAUCCGGUUGGGCGUCCCGCAGCAGCGGCUACGGCGAUGGAGCGGGCACAGAGUUUUGCAGCGUGCGCUUAUCGCGCCAUCUUGCUGGCAGUGCGCCCCCUGGCAGCUCAUAACGUGGUGGAGACGGAGACCCCGCCGCUGCCGGUGCUGCACGCGUUCGAGGAGGAGGCACCGGUGGAGGUGCCGGCGCUGGAGGCAAACCAACAUAGUGGCGACAGCAAUGACAGCAGCGCCGACCUGGCGUACCGGUUAUUGGGGGAGGUACACCAGCGUCGCGUUGGCACCACCGACGACUCUGGCAGUCCUUCCCCUCAGCACAAUCUUGCCACGUCGCGUGUCACUACCACCGUGGCACCGGCUUCCGCGUUGCAGCAGCGGCCGCUGCUGCGCCGCCCACUGUCGUCCACCCCUUUGCCAUCACCCUUCUCGGCGGCGGCUGGGAUAGAGAACACCCCGAGCGACCAGGUCAUGCGUCGCGGACGCGACUCACGCUCGCCCUGGGAUACCACAGUGCGAAACACCACGAGCCGGGGCCCUGCGGCCGCCGAGAGCGCUUCUCUCGAUGCGACGUCUCCCGCGACCGCUGGCACGUCGCAGCGACCAGCACCCGAGUCAGGCAACACGGCAGGCACAGCGGAGGUACAGACAGAGCCAACCACAGCCAGCGAGCCUGAUACAAGUAUCGACGUGCUCACCGCACGCAUCCUGGCCCUUUUCGCGGCGGGCGACGCCAACGCCCACAUCACCUCCUCAGCAGACCCACUACUGCCGCAGGCCUCCGCGGAGAGAGCAUCCGCUGCGUCGGAGCAGCCGACGAACGGGGCCGCAGUAGCUGCCGCUACGCCUGCGCCAGCGCCACCAGCGGCGCCGGAGCCGUGGGAGGGCACCCUCAACCCGCAGUUUCUGAUUGAGAUGCCCGAGGACGUCCGCAGCGAGAUCUUGUUCGACAGCAUGAACCUGCUCCGCGGCGCCGACGAGCGUGAGGUGCGAGGGCAGCGCACCCGUUUGUACCCGGGCUUUCUGAACUCGAUACCGGAGGAUGCGCAGCGGCACGCCAUGGAGGUGGAGGCGCGGUGGGUGCGGGUGACAGGCGCCGACAACAACGCCAGCGAACUGUACCAAACGCUUCUCCUCGUUGAUGCCGAGACACGCCACGACCUGCUGCUGCAAUGCGACCUGGAGCUUCUUCGCUCCUACCCUGAGGUCCUACGGGAGGCGACGGAGUUGCGCGCCGAGGUAGAGCGAGCGCGCGAGGAGGCUGAGCAGGCCGCGCAGCGCGAACAGGAGCGGCGCCAGCAUCAGCGCGAGCAGGCAGAGCAACUGCAGCACCAGCAGCAGCAGCAGCAGCAGCAGCAGCAGCAGGCGAACCAGCGCCAGUCGCGCUUGUGGAUGCUGGGUGCCUGGGACGCCACGUGGGAUGCAAGGGGGAGCGGUGCAACGGCGGCGGCGACGGCAGCGACCGUUGCGUCUGGCAUCCGCACCAGUUUGCCGGCUCUGCGGGACAUGGAGACGGUCGAGGGGGUGAUGAGAGUCAUGUUCGGUUCUCCCACCCCGCUGUACGAGGUGGUGAAUCACGAGCUUUUCUUGGCACGCCGGCUGUACCGGUGCGAGAUGGUGUUGCAGGCACUCGAGCGCCCGACGUCUUCGUCCACAUCGCACUUCGUGAGUGUCUACCCAGGCAGAGCCGCUGAGGUGAGCGGUCCCGGGCUCAUGCUGUCGCCGCUGCGUGACGAUGAUGCGAUGCGUGAGGUCAUGAUGUUUAACCACCGGCAUGGUGUGCACCGUGGCAACAACACCAUGAUGCGCCGCGCUCCGCCACGCGGUGCCCCGAUGGCAGCUGCCAGCGGCACCGCUGGUGCGGGUCACUACCAUCUGCCGCAGUUCCCGUCGUUGCAGCUGCCACCGUCCGCGGACGUGGUGGCAUCAGACUUGUCUGUGUCACCACUGUCCCCACCACCGCACACGCUGUCUGGCGGCGGCGGUGGCGCCUUUGCCACCGAGCGCUCCGUCCCCGGAUCACACGCGGCGGCGUCGCCAUCAACGUCGCUCGCAGCGCUGAGUGAGUCCAUGGUGCCAGUGCAGGAAACAGUAUACCACCCGCUCGCCCUUCCCUUACCUGAUGUGCCAGAGGACAUUGUCGCUCGCUGCAUCGAGCUGCUACGGCUGCGGGCGACGGCGCCGCUAGCGCUGCCGUGCAACCUGCUGACGGGCAUCAGUUGCUUGGACCAGGAGCUGCAGCGCUUCAUGCAGCUGCUUAUGUCCGACACAGGCACGGCGGUGCGAAUCGCCUGCCAACUGCUAGACUUGAUGGCAGCCACUCCGACGACGACAGCGGAGGAUGCGUUGCCCGACAGCGCGACGGGCUUUGGCAGGCCCGCCACUGCUACCACCAACCCCAGGGCCGCCGCUCGCGCGUCACCGUCCACGCCCGGUACGUCGUCGUCCCACUCCCCGCGCCCGUUGUCGACGAGCGAGCUGGCCGCGAACCGGCAGCUCAUCAAAGACGUCACGACGCUCUUCGUGUCCCUCGUGAAGCAGAACCAAUCCAUGGUGUCCGCCUUUUUCCUGUUACCCGACAACACCGUUGACACAGCCACUCUGAAGCCGCUGGACGCCCCGUUGGACGCGGCUGAGCAACGUGCGGUGCAGCGCGGUCUGUGGAACCGACUGUGGCGAGUCGCGCGGCAGCACGUGCACGUGCCCAGCUUUGCGCUGGCACUGGACAAGCUGCUGCAGCAGCUUCUGCGCUGCCAGCGCUCCAUGUCCACCGCCUCAGAGGACAACGAGUUGGCCAGCGGCGCCGACCCCAACGCCCGCGAGCUGCUCACAGAAACCCUCAUCGCGCACCCGCGGCAUCCACACCGACUUCGGUGGACCAACAUCCGCCUCCUGACCAACUACGAGGACGGCGGCUACGUGUGCAACGUGUGCGGUGUCAACCCGGGCUUUGACUACUGCUUCCACUGCGCCUCCUGUCAGUACGACCUCUGCGCCAACUGCUCGCGCGAGCGCCUGACACUCGCGGAGAUGCAGCAGCGCACGCGGCGGGCGGCAGCCCUCAUGCUGCAAAACGUGCCAGAGACGGUCACCUCGAUGAUGCGGCUGCUGCGACACCCGCUCUGCCGGUCCGACGUUGCGAUGAACGUGGUGCAUCUCAUGUCGUUUGGUCUGCAAGAGUGCGGGGCUCGUGAGGGCGUUAGCUUGUUCUCUGCUGACGCCGGGUCGCUGCACAGCGGCACUGCCAGUACAUGUGUAAGCCCCAUUCAGCUCCUGGAGCAGGAGCUCGUCGAGCUGGCCGAGGCCAGGGUGCGCGCGUUGAAGGCGGCGCGAGACGAGUUCCGCCAGGAGGUGUACGCAAUCUUGCACCCGAGGCCCAGAAGCAACGGCCACAGUGCCGGGGUCGGCGUGGCUGCGUCUGCCCCGACGAGGUCGCAGUCGGGCGGUGCCACGAGCGUGAGCGGGCUCUCUGGCCGCCAUACAUGGCAGCAGCUGAGCAUCCCCGAGGGCUACGUAUUCGACACCGACACUGUCAUGGCGCUUCUCGUCAAGCUCGACAUCAAGAACAGCGAGGGCGACGCCAUCCAGCUGCUCUUCGAACCCUACGUGGCCACCAUGCGCUCCGAGCCGCGCGCCUUCACAAUGCUGUGGCGGGCAAGCCAGGCGUACCUGCUCGACGUGUCGACGCUGCUGGAGCACGUGGCACCAAAAGAGGUCCUCCCGCUGCCCUCGUGUGUCUCAUCCAUCCUCCAAACCUUCUGCAAGUACCACCUGAGCGAGUCACGGCUGCUCGGCGCCUCUUCGAGCGCACGCACCCUGACGGACAGUCGCAGCAGCUUAGCUGGAGAGACGGAGCACUUCCUGCACGCCUCGACGAAGCCGUCGUCUGUGUCGGACCGCGCGGUGCGCGAGUUGGCAGAGCGGCCGGAUGCAGCGCAGUGGAUGACGGCCGCCGGCACGCGAUUGUCCGAAGAAGGGCUGAAGAGCGCUGAGGAGCUGCAGCACCGUCGGCUGCCGCGUGUGGUGCGAAUGGUGCUGGAGGAGAACCGCACGACGCUGAACACGCUCUUGCACUGGGAUGGUAACCUCCUGAAGGACAGCUUCGCCUUUCUCAAGUACGAGCCCAACUUGAUCGACUUCAACUUCAAGCUGACGGACUUCCGGCGGCGGCUGGGCUCGCGGCGUGGGCCGAACAUUCUGUUGCGCGUGAACCGCCAGACUUGCCUGCUCGAUAGCUUCAAGGAGCUGCAGAAGGUCAAGUCCUUUGGCGGCCAGCUGCACAUCCGCUUCCAUGGCGAGGAAGGCGCCGACGCCGGCGGCCUGACGCGGGAGUGGCUGCAGCUCCUCUCCGAGGCCAUUGUGGACGAGAGGUACGCACUCUUCAUCCACUCGCAGGAUAGUAUUUCGUUCCAGCCGAACCCGUUCUCCAGCGUGAACCCGAACCACCUCGAGUACUUUCAGUUUGCGGGCGUCGUGACGGGGCUGGCGAUCGCGCACAACGUCCCGAUCGAUGUCCACUUCACGCGCGCGUUCUAUCGGCACAUCAUCGGCCACCGCCCUGUCUUCUCCGACCUGCAGAGCUUUGACCAGGAGCUGUACACAAACCUCAACUGGAUCAUGGAGAACGACGUCACAGACCUCGGCCUGACCUUCGCCGUUAACUAUGACCGCUUCGGCUCGGUGGAGGAGGCGGAGUUGGAGCCGAACGGUAAGGACACAGCCGUGACGAACGGUAACAAGCAGCAGUACGUCCGCCUCCUGUGCGAGUUUUACAUGACCAAGCGCACGGAGGACCAGCUGCUGCGCUUCCUGAAGGGUUUCUAUUCGGUGAUCCCCCGUCGUGAGAUCCAGUGCUUCACGGAGCUGGAGCUGGAGCUGGUCAUCAGUGGCAUGCCCAACAUCGACAUCGAGGACCUGCGCACGCACACCGUGUACGAGGGCUACAGCAGCACGUCGCCGCAGGUGCGCUGGUUCUGGGAGGCGGUCGGCUCCAUGAGCAAGGAGGACCUGGCGAACCUUCUGCAGUUCACUACCGGCUCGUCAAAGGUGCCACACGGCGGCUUCGGCCAUCUCGAAGGAUCGAACGGCCGCUCGCUGCCCUUCACCAUCAGCCGCUGGGCCGUAACCAAGGAGGACCUCCUGCCGCAGGCGCACACGUGCUUCAACAAGAUCGACCUGCCCGUCUACACCUCAGCUGCGGUGCUCAAGGAAAAGCUGAUGCUGGCGAUCACGUACGGUAGCAUGGGCUUCACGAUGGUGUAG